AAGAGGAAUAAAAUCCAGGUACAGUAAUUUGGAAAUGGAAUCACAUCUGAUUUUCAAACAAGUUAGGAAGAAUAGAAUCGAACUAUCAUUGCCAUGUGAGCUCAGUUGUUGGCACUGUGUCCAAAGUUAGGUGUUUUCAGCUUUGCUUCCAGCCAAGAGGAUUAAAUCUGGUCUGCAUAUGUUCAAGAGGUUUACCCUGCCCUGGUUUCAGAUUCUUUAGCAGGUUUACUUUGUAAGCCAUUAAGAGAUGGGGGUGCCCGGUAUAGCAGUUUUUUACACUCCAUAGUGGGGUCUUCCAUGUGAGAGGAAUUUACAAUGGGUAGGACCAUUGUAAAUGGAGGGAACUUGGUUCAUUUCCUUGGAUGCACGUUGAGCAGAGACCUAGCACUAUACCCCGCUUUUCCUACUUGAAAUCCAGAACCUAAUCUGUGGGUUUGGAUGUACGGGAGGCCAGAGCUGCGCCUUCCCAGUCACACUCUGCUCGGCGUCGGAUCCCUCCGGCCAGCAGGGGGAGCCCGGCGCUAGGCUGGCUGCUCUGCGGGUCCCUAUCCCGCUCUGGGGCCGCGGGGGCCGGCGGGAGCGCGAUGGCGGCUGCCAGGAGGCUCAUGGCGAUGGCGGUAGGCGUCUCUCUGCGCCUGCGGCCGCCGGAUCCCCGCGCUGCCGGGCGACAGAGACGGUCGCGCGGCCUCUCAUCAAGCUUCGUCCGCCCCGACGGCACCAAAGAGGCCGCUGAGGCCGAGUCAGAGGUGGCUCCUGGUGAGCCCAGGGAAGGCGACGGAAGCAUGGUGAACGCUUCUAGGGACCUAUUAAAAGAAUUCCCACAGCCUAAAAACCUUCUCAACAGUGUGAUUGGAAGAGCCCUUGGCAUCUCACAUGCAAAAGACAAACUAGUUUACGUGCACACAAAUGGACCGAAGAAAAAGAAAGUCACCCUGCACAUAAAGUGGCCCAAGAGUGUGGAGGUAGAAGGCUAUGGCAGCAAGAAGAUUGACGCUGAGCGUCAGGCUGCAGCUGCAGCCUGCCAGCUGUUCAAGGGCUGGGGUCUACUGGGUCCCCGGAAUGAGCUGUUUGACGCAGCCAAAUACCGAGUGCUAGCUGAUCGCUUUGGCUCUCCAGCUGACAGCUGGUGGCGCCCAGAACCAACCAUGCCCCCCAAUUCCUGGCGGCAGCUGAAUCCUGAGAGCAUUCGGUCAGGAGGACCUGGCCUUCCCCGCUCCUUGGGCCGAGAGGAAGAAGAGGAUGAGGAGGAAGAGCUAGAAGAGGGGACCAUUGAUGUUACUGAGUUCCUGUCCAUGACCCAGCAGGACUCUCAUACCCCACUCAGGGACUCAAGGGGAGGUUCCUUUGAAAUGACAGAUGAUGACAGUGCUGUUAGGGCUCUGACCCAGUUCCCACUUCCCAAGAACCUUUUGGCCAAGGUGAUUCAGAUUGCAACGUCCUCCUCCACGGCUAAGAACCUCAUGCAGUUCCAUACUGUAGGCACCAAGACCAAGUUGUCUACACUUACUCUGCUCUGGCCCUGUCCCAUGACCUUUGUUGCAAAAGGGCGCCGCAAAGCAGAGGCUGAGAAUAAGGCGGCAGCCUUGGCCUGCAAGAAACUGAAGAGCCUGGGCCUGGUGGACAGAAACAACGAGCCACUUACCCAUGCCAUGUAUAACCUGGCUUCUUUGCGUGAGUUGGGUGAGACCCAGCGGCGGCCGUGUACCAUCCAGGUGCCUGAGCCCAUCCUCCGCAAGAUAGAGACCUUCCUGAACCAUUACCCCGUGGACAGUUCAUGGAUCUCUCCAGAACUCCGGUUGCAGAGUGAUGACAUCUUGCCCUUGGGCAAAGACUCAGGGCCCCUGAGUGACCCUAUCACAGGCAAGCCCUAUAUGCCCCUGUGUGAAACAGAGGAGGUGCGCCUAAGCCAGAACCUGCUAGAGCUGUGGCGGCGGCGAGGGCCAAUCUGGCAGGAGGCCCCGCAGCUACCUGUGGACCCACAUCGGGACACUAUCCUCAAUGCUAUUGAGCAGCAUCCAGUGGUGGUCAUCUCUGGGGACACAGGUUGUGGGAAGACCACGCGUAUCCCCCAGCUGCUGCUGGAGCGCUAUGUGACUGAGGGCCGGGGUGCCCGCUGCAAUGUGAUUAUCACCCAACCUCGCCGCAUCUCAGCUGUGUCUGUGGCACAGCGGGUCAGCCAUGAACUGGGACCUUCCUUGCGCCGGAACGUGGGCUUCCAGGUGCGCUUGGAAAGCAAGCCCCCAGCCCGAGGUGGAGCGUUGCUCUUCUGCACUGUGGGCAUCCUGCUGCGGAAGCUGCAGAGCAACCCCAGCCUGGAGGGUGUCAGCCAUGUCAUUGUGGACGAGGUCCAUGAGCGGGAUGUGAACACAGACUUCCUGCUGAUUCUGCUCAAGGGCCUGCAGCGACUCAACCCAUCCCUGCGUCUGGUGCUCAUGAGUGCUACAGGUGAUAAUGAGCGCUUCUCCCGCUACUUUGGUGGCUGCCCUGUCAUCAAGGUGCCUGGUUUCAUGUAUCCUGUCAAAGAGCACUACCUGGAGGACAUCCUGGCCAAACUGGGCAAACACCAGUACCCACACCGGCACCGGCACCAUGAGUCUGAGGAUGAAUGCGCACUUGAUUUGGACCUCGUGACUGAUCUGGUUCUGCACAUUGAUGCCCGUGGGGAACCAGGUGGGAUCCUGUGCUUCCUGCCUGGUUGGCAGGAGAUCAAAGGAGUGCAGCAACGCCUCCAGGAGGCUCUGGGCAUGCAUGAGAGCAAGUACCUCAUCCUACCAGUGCACUCCAACAUCCCCAUGAUGGACCAGAAGGCCAUAUUCCAGCAGCCCCCGGCUGGAGUGCGCAAGAUUGUCUUGGCCACCAAUAUCGCUGAGACCUCCAUCACAGUCAAUGACAUUGUGCAUGUUGUGGAUAGUGGGCUACACAAGGAGGAACGCUACGACCUGAAGACCAAGGUGUCCUGCCUGGAGACGGUGUGGGUAUCAAGAGCAAAUGUGAUCCAGCGCCGGGGCCGGGCAGGCCGCUGCCAGUCAGGUUUUGCCUACCACUUGUUCCCACGGAGCCGGCUGGAGAAAAUGGUUCCUUUCCAAGUGCCAGAGAUCCUGCGCACGCCUCUUGAGAACCUGGUGCUGCAAGCCAAAAUCCACAUGCCUGAAAAGACGGCAGUGGAGUUCCUCUCCAAGGCCGUGGACAGUCCAAACAUCAAGGCAGUAGAUGAGGCCGUGAUCUUGCUCCAAGAGAUUGGUGUGCUGGACCAGCGGGAGUACCUGACUACCCUAGGGCAGCGCCUGGCCCACAUCUCCACUGAUCCCCGGCUAGCCAAGGCCAUAGUGCUGGCUGCCAUCUUCCGUUGCCUACACCCGCUGCUGGUGGUUGUUUCCUGUCUCACCCGGGACCCCUUCAGCAGUAGCCUGCAGAACAGGGCAGAGGUGGACAAGGUGAAGGCACUGUUGAGCCAUGACAGUGGCAGUGACCACCUGGCCUUUGUGCGGGCUGUGGCCGGCUGGGAGGAGGUGCUGCGUUGGCAGGACAGAACCUCCCGGGAGAACUACCUGGAGGAAAACCUGCUCUAUGCACCCAGCCUGCGCUUCAUCCAUGGGCUCAUCAAACAGUUCUCAGAGAACAUUUAUGAGGCUUUCCUGGUGGGGAAGCCCUCGGACUGCACACUACCCUCUGCUCAGUGCAACGAGUACAGCGAGGAAGAGGAGCUGGUGAAGGGUGUGCUAAUGGCUGGCCUCUACCCCAACCUCAUCCAGGUGAGGCAGGGCAAGGUGACCCGGCAAGGGAAGUUCAAACCCAACAGUGUCACAUAUAGGACCAAAUCUGGCAACAUCCUACUGCACAAGUCAACUAUUAACAGGGAGGCCACACGGUUACGGAGCCGAUGGCUAACGUAUUUUAUGGCUGUCAAGUCCAAUGGUAGCGUCUUCGUACGGGACUCCUCCCAGGUGCACCCACUAGCUGUGCUGCUCCUGACUGAUGGGGACGUCCACAUCCGUGACGAUGGGCGUCGUGCCACCAUUUCACUGAGUGAUAGUGACCUGCUGCGGCUGGAGGGUGACUCACGAACUGUACGGCUGCUGAGGGAGCUGCGGCGGGCCCUGGGCCGCAUGGUGGAGCGGAGCCUCCGCAGUGAGCUGGCUGCACUCCCCCUCAGUGUGCAGCAGGAGCACGGGCAGCUGCUUGCGCUGCUGGCGGAGCUGCUGCGAGGACCCUGUGGCAGCUUUGAUGUGCGCAAGACAGCUGAUGACUGAGCCCCUCUUCCGCUGGGGCUGUGUACAGAGUGCAAAUGUUUAUUUAAAAUAAAGUUCUAUUUAUCCCUUGUGA